AUUAGAGAUUGUAAUCGUGACGUCAUUCAUCACGUUCAUCGAAAGUCAACAAACGAGAAAUAUAACGUUGAUUUCGACUUUAUGCAGUGAACUGUCAACUCUGUAACAAUGUUCGGUGCCAGUAAUCAGCAGAAGAGAUCAAUGGACUUCACAGGGAAUCAGUCCUGGGGCAAUGAUGCAGGUGCCAAUGGCAAUGGUGGAGGAUCAGAUAGGAAGCGCAAGCGGAAAUCCAGAUGGGGUGCGGAGGAAGUUGUGGAUAAGACUGUCAUCCCGGGAAUGCCAACCAUUCUGCCAGCAAACUUAUCAAAAGAGCAAGAGCAACAGUACUUGUUGCACCUACAGAUAGAGGAAAUUAGUCGGCGAUUAAGGACCGGCGAUCUUGGUAUUCCGAUGAACCCGGAAGACAGGUCUCCGAGCCCGGAGCCCAUCUACAACAAUGAGGGCAAGCGACUGAACACUCGUGAGUACCGCACACGCAAGAAGUUGGAGGAAGACAGGCACAAGCUUGUUCAGGAGGCACUGGCCUGCAACACGGACUACAAGCCCCCGGCGGACUACAAACCGCCUGUAAUUCGAGUGAAUGAUAAGGUUAUGAUUCCUCAGGAAGAACAUCCUGAUAUCAACUUUGUUGGUCUGCUCAUAGGUCCACGUGGAAACACUCUCAAAACUCUGGAAAAAGAGACUGGAGCUAAGAUCAUCAUCCGAGGUAAGGGCUCGGUGAAGGAUGGUAAGAUAGGCCGCAAGGAUGGACAGCCCCUGCCUGGGGAGGAUGAACCACUGCAUGCCUACGUCACUGCCAACAACCCAGAAAAUGUUUGCAAGGCAGUAGAGAAAAUAAAAAGCAUAAUAAAAGAAAGUGUGGAAGUUCCAGAAGGUCAGAAUGAUCUGCGUAAGCAACAGCUAAGAGAGCUUGCACUUCUCAAUGGAACCCUGAGGGAGAACGAUGGCCUAGCUAAACUGAAGCAAAUUCAGCAGGCUCAGACCAUAUUGACAAACACGAUCAUCUGUACAAACUGUGGUGGGGCCGGUCAUCUUGGCAAGGACUGCAAGCAGGCACGCCCUGGGGACACAUACCGCAAUAUGCAGAUGGAAACGCCCUCAGACAAGGCCAAAAUGGACAGUGAGUAUAUGUCACUGAUGGCAGAGCUUGGAGAGGGUCCUCCACCCCCGAAACAAAACAAUAUGUUGCCACGGCAACCACUUAACCAGCAUCAUCAUCACCAACAGCAACAGAGCCACCAGUCACGCUUCAAUCAGCCACCACCGAAUCCUAUGGGAGGAUUCAAUUUCCAGAACAACCGAGGUCCACCUCCCUCCUUGUUGUCCCUACCCAGCUCACGCCCCCCACAGACCAUGUAUCACCAGCCACCCACCUACAAUCAGCCUCCAAACAUGCAAGGAAUGCCAGUGCCCAACCAGAUGCAGUCCCCACCUGGUAUGCAGCAGUCACAGCAGCAGUAUCAUCCCCCUGGACAGUAUCAACACCAGGGACCCCAGCCAGUAGCACCUCCACCGGUAUCGCAGUAUCAGCCAAAUAUGCAAAUGAGCGCCCCAUCCCCUGUGCCUCCUCCAAACACAAUGUCAAUGAUGAACGUGGCUUCUCCUGUGCCUCCCCCUGUCUGGAGCUCAGCACCAGUUGCUAUGCAUAAUACCAACCCUACACAGUCUAUGGCUAUGGGUGUGCCACCUCCACCCAAUUCAAUGAUGGGCGCGGUUCCCCCACCCCCUCCUCCAACGUCCAAUCAGUCAAACAUGCCUUGGAUGCAUCCAGGGCAACCAAUCAGAGGUCAAGUGCCCCCACCCCCACCCACGUCUCAUGGAGGAUGGCAGCCCCAGGGUGGUGCACCACCUCCACCACCAGUCUCUAUGAACCAGAUGCCAUGGCAACAGCUCCCACCGCCCAUGCAGUCCAUGCCCAACUCAGUGCCCCCACCCCCUCCCCCCAGCUCAGGGCACUCCUACAAUAUGCCCCCUCCCCCACCCAGCGGCUAUGAUCAACACCACCAGAUGUCCAACGUCAAUCAACUGCUGGUAGCUCCACCACCCCCUCCGCCAAACUGAGCUUGGUUUGGAAUGAGUGACCAAAAACUUAACUUUGUCUUUGUUUGUUUAAUUUAACAUAUGGAGGAAAACUAGUUUAUGCGUGAUCUCCGGAUAAAGUGUACAUGUGUAUGGUGAUGUAAUUGGUGUGUAGUUUAUUAUUAUUCAUCCCUCACAUUAUAAGUCUGCAAGAGACUCUGAAGGUGUUACAGUAUAUGAUUGCUUUGUUCAAAUAACAUGAAUGAAUAGAAUUUGCAAUAAUAUUUUCAUUAUUUACAUGCAUUGAGAAUUGAGUGCUUUUCACCAUUUUAUACUUUCCUUUAGUUUAUAAGUUAAGAGAUAUAUGUGAUUUGUAAAAGGAUGCAAAUACUUUUAAGAAAUCAUUUGUUAUUUCCUUUUAUUGAUUCAAUUGUGUAUAAACAUACUUCACUUUUAAUUAUUGUGUUGUUCUGAAUAUUUAUGUACCUGAUUCCAUCCAAUUAAUUAUGAAAGCAUGAUGUCAUGCAGUUAUUGAAGGUUUCACUCAAUAAGAUCUUUGUUAUUACAUAGUUUAAAAAAAUAAGAUAUGCAAUAUGAAUGUUUGUUUAAGCCUUCAUAGUUUAAAAAUGGACAAUUUUACCAUUUAUUUCUGUUUUGUUUCUGUUUUUAAUAGUUGAUAGAGCAUAAUCACAUAAUUGAUAGUAGAGCAUUUUGGCAAUAAUAAUCACAUAACAUGUACAAACUUAAUUUGUUCUAAAUACCCGUGUCUUUUGUGUAAGGAUUUUAAAUUGUUUGGAACAAACAUUAAUGCUUUCUAAAGAGUGCAUUGAGUAUAGUCCUUAAGGACUUAAGUACUGCUUAUGUUAAACUUGCACAAACCAUUGUUUUUGUACUUAAAUCCAUUCAUGCUCAUAUAUACAGAACAGACAUGAGUAUGCAUGGAGUGAGAUAAAUUACUGCUCAAAUAAGUACCGGGAUAGAUUCUUUCUUUUUGUACAUGCAUGCAUAUAGAUUUCGUGUUGUAUACAUAAACUUAUAUUGCUGAA